AUGUUUAAACAUUCCUUUUUCACCUUGUCGCUCUAUAUUCUUCAAAUACUGAGUGCUGGAGUCAUCCAAGCACUCGGCGCUCCAAAUAUUCUUCGGGGUAGAACAGCCGAACUACCGGCCUCCAACAAAGUAGGAGGAGGAGGAUAUGACGACGAGUCUUCUGCCUCGCCUCCAUGUCAUAAAUUCUCAUGGCGUCCCAUCGUCGAACAGAGAGAUGACUCAAAAGGAAACGCUGCACUCGAAAGUACGCUCAACGAUGUAGGAAUUAUGGAUGGAAUGUCUCUUAUGCCGCGGAUGACACGUCAGAAGAACAUUGAGUCUAAGCGUAGAAAAUAUCGUCACCCCGGCAAGAAAGGCGACGGCUCGGAGCCUGACGACCAAAAACCGGACUUGAAACCUUGGAGGCAUAAGGAUAAGAAGUAUGGAAACGAGAAGCCUGAGGAAAAGAAUGCUGUUCUUUUUGACGUCCAAGUGACCAGAGAACAAGCACAUUAA